AUGGCUGACCAAACAAAAUUCAUUGCUGAAGGAGGAUCAUCCCACAGACCUCCACUCUUUAAUGGAAUUGACUACUACUACUGGAAAGGUAAAAUGAGACUCUUUCUCUUAUCUCAAGAUAUAAAUAUGUGGUCCAUCAUUGAAACAGGAAACUUCACUCCAAUGACUGCUCCAACUGACGCUGCUCCUGCUGCCCCAAAACCUCAAGCAUCAUGGACUCCUAAAGAGAAAAGCCAUGUACUCUUAAACUCAAAAGCUCAAUUUAUUUUAUCAUGUACUCUUAGCCGAGAAGAAUACGAUAGAAUUGAAGAAUGUAACACUGCCAAAGAAAUUUGGGACAAACUCAAAAUUCACCAUGAAGGAACAAGUCAUGUUAAAGAAGAAAGAAUAGAUAUGGGAGUAAGAAAAUUCGAAACAUUUGAAAUGAAAGAAGAUGAAACCAUAGAUGAAAUGUUCUCCAGGUUUACAAUUAUUAUUAAUGAAUUAAGAUCUCUUGGAAAAAUUUACUCUCCUCAUGAGAGAAUAAGAAAAUUACUUAGAUGUCUUCCUAAAGUAUGGAGACCAAUGGUCACUGCUAUAACUCAAGCUAAAGAUCUGACAAAUCUGCCAGUUGAGGAACUUGUUGGUUCUCUUCGUGCUCAUGAAUGUAUCAUUCUAGAAGAUAAGCCACAAAAGAAAGGAAAAUCAAUUGCUCUCAAAACUGCUCAAAACUCAAAAGAAACUCAAAUAAAAAUUGAGGAGUCAAAUGAAUCACCCUCUGGAGAUGAGGAUGAUUUAGCACUCAUAUCUAAAUGCAUUCAGCAAAUGGUAUUUCGAAGAGGACAAAACAAACGACCAUUUCGAAGAGAUCCUCAAAAGGCUGAGAUAGAUAAAAGUAAAAUCACAUGUUAUGGAUGUAACAAAGUUGGACACUUCAAAACUGAAUGUCCUCAACAAAAAAGGUUCGUCAAAGGUACACCAUUUAAAAAGAAAUCUAUGAUGCCUUCAUGGGAUGACUCUGAGAACUCAAACUCAGACACUAACGAAGAAGAAGCAAAUCUAUGCCUUAUGACUUCCUCUGAAUCCAAAGUAAGUCCUCCUAUCUCCUAUAAUCUAGGAAAGUUUGAUUGUAAAUCUGACAAAGGAAUAUUUAUUGGAUACUCUCAAACUUCAAAAGGAUAUAGAAUUUACAAUCUCGAAAAUCAAUGUGUGGAAGAAACCAUACAUGUUAUAUUCAAUGAAACUAAUGAACCUUCAACCAUUGAAUGUCUUGAUGAUGAAUUAGAUGAACAGGAGGAAAUCCUCAACAAAGAAAUUCACGUAGACACCAUGGAAGAAUCACUUCCAACUCCUCCAAAAGGAUGGAAAACUGUACCACAUCAUCCUCAUGAUGUAAUUAUUGGUGAAACCUCUGAUCAAGUACGUACAAGACAAUUCUUCAAAGACAAAAACAACAACCUAGCAAUGAUGUCUCAAAUUGAACCCAAGCAUAUAAAUGAUGCAAUAUAA